AUGGCGGAGCAGCUCGCCUUCCCCGCCGCUUCCGCGGCCGUCCUUGAGCGCCGACUCCCUCCGCCAGGGCAAGCUCCCGACGACGCCAGCAGGCGGCCCUUUGUCACCCUCACGUUUGCGACGUCGCUCGACUCGACUCUGUCGCUUGCGCCCGGCGUCCGAACGCGCCUUUCGGGCCCCGAGUCCAAGGCAAUGACGCACUACCUCCGGUCUCGGCAUGCGGCCAUCCUCGUCGGCGUGUCGACGGUCCUGGCCGACGACCCGGCGCUCAACUGCCGCAUCGCCGGCACGGCAUGCCAGCCGCGGCCCGUCAUCCUCGACCCGCACCUUCGCUGGACGCCCAGUUGCACGGACAAGGUCUUUGAAGUGAGUCGCGCCGGGGCCGGGCUCGCGCCAUUUGUCCUCACCGGUGUUCCGGCCCAGGAGCUGCCGCGGGACAGCGUCGAGCUUCUGCACCAGCACGGCGGGAAAUUCAUCCACGUCAGGCCCUCGGUCUCCGGCGCAGGCGGGGGCCGGAUGCGCUUCGACUGGCGCGACGUGCUCGACGCGCUCCUUGUCCAGGGCUUGUCGAGCGUCAUGGUCGAGGGCGGAGGCCAGGUCAUCAACUCGCUGCUGGACCCCGCACAUCAUGAACUUGUCGACUCUGUCAUUGUCACGGUUGCGCCGACGUGGCUGGGCCAGGGAGGCACGGUCGUGUCUCCCGACAGGGUGCUGGGCAGCGAGGGCAGCCCCGUGCCGGCCGCGAGGCUCGCUGAUGUUUCAUGGCACCCGUUUGGCGAGGACGUGGUGCUGUGCGGCAGGCUGCGUGCCUAG